AUGUCGAAUUUUUUCCCGACUGGAAUCGAAAUGUGCCCAGACGAUAAGGCCGGCUCUACAACCUGCUCUCCCAAUGCUGUCGGAUUUGGAUGGCUACUCAUUGGCAUCAUAAGCAUGAUACUAAUUUUCUCAAUACUCUGUGCUGUAAGAUAUGCUAUCAAGAGAAAAUAUAGCGAUCGCCACGGAAUGGGCGUUGUCACCACGACGUCUUCCUACGAAAAUCAAGCAACCGCUCAGGACGAAGGCAGGACGAUAAUGUGA